UCCUGUCUCUGAUCCUGACUCUGGUCCUGAAUCUGAUCCUGACUCUGUUGUUUAAAAUGUUGAAAGAAAACCAAACUGAGACAUUUGUCCUGUUUUCAGUCCUCUGCCGCCUGUGACGUGCUGGUGAUGUCGUUGUCGGUGACGCAGCGGUACCAUGACAUCACUCCCGUGACGCUGCAGCUGGUGGGCGGGGCCGUGAGCUCCAGCCUGUACUGCGGUGAGGUUGAGGGGCUCGCGGGGGGGCUGGUAGAGGCCUUCCUGGUGGAGCUCUAUCGCUGUAAACUCUGUCAGUUCACCUGCGGCCUCAAGGAUGCCAUCAGCAGCCACCUGCUCAGGCACCGCCCCCCCACGCUCACAUACCUGGGGGGUGCCGAGGGUGGGGGCGGGGACGAAGAACGGGAAGAGGUGGGGCUCCAGCGGGGGGCGUCACCCUAUCAGCUGAACCUGAAUGGAGAAUCAAAGCAGAGCGACGAGGACGAGGACUUCCUGCUCUACAACAUGCUGGACAACAUGAGCCCGCCCACCUGUGACAUCAGCGGCGAGGGGGGGCUGCAGGUCGCACACACCUGUGAGGUCAGCACGCUGUUUGAGGAGGACGCCUCCAUCUUCCCUCUGAAGGGGGACGCCGAGGAACUGUCCUGUCCCAUCCACCCCCCCGACACCCAGGAGGACACGGCCCAGUCCGCCCACCUCAUGACUCUGGGUCUCUGUCGCAUCUCAGCCGCCAAACCUGCUGCUCCUGCUGCUCCUCCUCGCAGCUCCUCCCGACCCCUCCCCCCUCCUCCUGAUGACCCCCCUCGCCUGUCUCACGGCCUGAAGCAGAGUGAGAUGGACAGCGAUCGGAGGAGGACGUCCCCACGCAGCAGGAAGAGGCUGCCGUGUCUCAUGUGUCCUCUGACGCUGCCGUCGCGGCGCCUCCUGGACGUCCACGUGCGGUCGCACCGGGUGUCCGGCGGGUUCGGCUGUGUCCGCUGCAGCCGGACGGCCGCCACCUGGGAGGAGCUGGAGGCUCACUGGAGGAGCCACAGCAGGAGGAGGAGGGAGGAGCUAGAACAGAGGAGGAAGGUGGCGAGUCGGUUCAGCUGUCCCGUCUGUCUGAGGACGUUCAACAGCGCCGCGUCCCGAAACACUCACCAACAAACGAAGGACGGCUGCCGUCAGCGUCACGACGGCAACGGCUCAGGUGCAACCUCCUGCAGUCAGACACUGCUCCUUCCUCCAUCAUAGA